AUGCCUGCAUUCCAUGAAGGACAGCGAGUCAACUAUAAGCCCGUCGGUGGGCCUAACUCCAAUACCAGCACGAGUGUCGGUAUCAUUCGCGAGGUUGCAACCAAUCCAACGACACUCACUGGCCGUAGUGUUGCUGCCUCGGAUAAGGAACCCCGAUACGAGAUUGAGAACGAGAAGACUCGCAAGCAUUCUGCGGUGAAGGAGGCUAAUAUCCUUGGCCCUGCGGAGUGA